CCAUAACGUGUUUCGUUCGGGUAUCAAAACUACGACUUGGUCAACAAAACCGGAAUUGCCGUAGGCAAAAUGUUGAGUAAAUGUGAUCUCAUUGUUAUUAAUGCUGUUGUUGUUUUGCGCCUCCAACAGGUUAUAUACGGUAGUGCAGGCUCGCCUGUGUUAUCAUCACGUGAUCUCUUCCGGUUCACUUCGCGCGAGAAAAUACGAGAGACUCACAGAAAGAAGCGCGAUGAAGUUGUGUUUUAUUUUCCACAGUUACUCAUGUUGUUGUGCCGAAUUAAGACGGGUGACGCAACCGAGUGACGUAAGCGCACUCCCGCCAGGGGGUGCAUUUUACGACGGGGGUGCAUAAUUCGGCACAACACCGGUGCUGUGAGACAUUGUACCGAACCACCCUUAAAAUAAACCAUCAUCUUUCUUUUAUAUACAACUGAAGUAUUCAUUGAAGAUGAGUGAAGAAAGAAGAAACCUAACACAAAACAUGCGGUUGGAAGAUUCCAGACGGAGACGCGUCCAUUUACAACUUCGUCCGACAUUUGAAGUUGCACAAAGAAGGGUCUACAUGAACUGCUUCCUCGUCCUCAUUUUGCAACUCCUGUUCCAAAGUUGUGUCCAAGCCAUCUUCUUCACCACGGAGGUAGAGCGGCCGUCGUAUGAGGCCGAGCUCGGGGAGGACGUCCUCAUGGCUUGCCGGUUCUUCCCUUUGCCCCCGAACCCCCCGCAGGACGUGACCGUGUCCUGGUUUUGGAUGGCCUCGGACUCUGUGCGGGAAGUGUGCCGGCUAGAUAACGGGGUGGAGCAGCUUGGAACGCAGCAUCCCGACUUCAGGGGCCGGGCCAGGCUUCUAACGGAGGACAUUAAGGAUGGCUGGGCCAAACUGCAGGUGUCCAGGCUCGGCAUCCAGGACUCGGGGACAUACCAGUGCAUGGUGAAGACCAGCGACGGGGCGGACUACAGGGACAUCAAGCUGUCUGUAACCGCGCCUUACAAGACGGUGAGCAAACACAUCCGCAAGUCGGCCGAGGGGGCGGAGCUUGUGCUGGGCUGCCAGUCCGAGGGCUACCCGGAGUCGGCGGUCAGCUGGCAGGACGCCGGCCGGCGAGUUCUUGCGGCCAACACCACCGUGCGGCCGACGCAGGCGCGCCUGUUCCGGGUCAGCAGUCAGAUCCACGUGGCGUCGCUGCAGGAGAACAACUACACCUGCACCUUUGACACAGGCGGCUCCUCGGCCACCUUCCACAUUCCAGAUGACGUGCAGACACACGCCCAAGGAGGCCUGACUCUCUUUCGGGCCCUGCUGGCCACCUGUAUCGUUGCUGCCGGCAUCUGCCUGCUGGCAGUCCUGACGCGUCGACGGAAAAAAGAACUUUGCAGAGAAGACAAGAAGCUAAAGGACGAAGAAGAAACGACCUUUUGCAAACAAGAUUGCUUGGAGGGCUUUCGGAACGCCGGUCGCUCAAAGCCCCGCCUCCAAAAACACUUGGAAGAAGACGUCGCCACGUCCACAACUUCCCUGGCGGCCUGAAGAGCACGCUGCUACAACUCUCACUUUGACUGAAGACUUGUGGGGCACGCAAACACAAAAAUGUGACUUGACUUUUUUUUUGUUUUUUAAUAGUUCUGAGAGGUCAAAUAGUUGGCACAUUUCCCCCCCCAAAUGGUGACUGAGAACAAGUUUAUUUUGAUCAUGAAACCAUUAGAUGACAGAGCGAAAAGUUUAUUUUGCUUGCAUCAUGAAACCUAUUAGAUGACAGAGUGAAAAGUUUAUUUUGAUCAUGAAACCAUUAGAUGACAGAGUGAAAAGUUUAUUUUGCUUGCAUCAUGAAACCUAUUAGAUGACAGAGUGAAAAGUUUAUUUUGAUCAUGAAACCAUUAGAUGACAGAGUGAAACAUUUCACUGAGUCACCAGAAUAGUUUUGAAGUGGAUCCUCAGAAGCAGCCAAUGAAAUGACCAGAAGUGGGAGGACAUUUCUGCACUGAAUUUUUAGACUGUGACAUCUUUUUUACAAUAACAUUUUUUACACUGAAUUAUUUUACUUGGAUUUUGUAUACCCUGAAUUUUUUCCACUUGAAUUUUUACACAGUUUUUUUUGCACAGAAUUGUUUUAUACACUGACAGUUUUUACAACAAAUAUUUUGGGCAACAUGUUUUUACACUGAAUGUUUAUUAAAAUAAUUGUUUAUCACCAAA